CAGUGAUGGUUCAGAAUGAAAGCAGAUGAUUGGUCAGGAUUAAAACAUGUGACGUGGUUCCUCCAGCUGAUAAAGCCGGGCUGAAGCCUGAGAGCUGAAGGAGUGGAGCCGUCCAGAGAGGAACCAUGGAGCCCGUCCUUGAGCUGGACCCUGGACCCCCUGAGGAACCUGAGGACACGUCUCUGGACAGGAGGCGGACCAGGAAGGGGAGAUCUGUUCUAAAGCUGUACGUCUGUGUCGCUCUGCUGUGUUUUCUACAAGCCACUCUCAACAUCUCCCUGCGCCUCUACUCAGAGACAUCUUGGACGAAGGGGAGAGAGCACCUGAUGGAUUCACUUGCUGGUGUGACACGACGGGGCUGGCUAUAUUUCGACCAGAGUCUCUACUUUAUUUCUACAACCAAGAAGAACUGGAAGGCCAGCAGAGACUUCUGUCUGAACAAAGAUGCAGACCUGCUAGUUAUCAACAGCAAAGAAGAAGAGAUACUAUAA